GUGGUCAAAGGCGGAGCUGCAGGUCCCGGUCAUACACCAAGUGAGCAGUCUGAGCCACAGAAGAGAGAAACAUUUUGCAUGAGCAGAGCUGAGCCUCCCAUUAGGAUAUCACACAAAACACUGGGAACCACAGCGCAAUCUGUCCAUAGGCCAUCGUGAAUAUGACCUCCAGCUCUACUCCUAUCCACUUCCUCACCAACGGUUCUCCUGGAAUGAGAGACCAGUCUGAAACCAUCAUAUUCAAGCCUGCCAUCUUAGGUGGCUCUUACCAGGAGUUGACCAUAUUAUCUGACGGUGUUGGUGAGUGGCAGCAUAACGUCAGUCAUGUCUCGGGACAAGGAGGAAAUGCCACUGAUUCAUCAGUAAACAGGACAUUAAUACUGCCAGCAGAGGACUUUGACCCAUUAGGAGGACAUUCUAUCUUGCAGGUCAUCAUAAUUGUCCUCCUCACUGGAUCACUUUCUCUUGUCACUGUUGUUGGCAACAUCCUAGUAUUGGUUUCAUUCAAGAUCAAUAAGGCCCUAAAGACAGUGAACAACUACUACCUCCUGAGCCUGGCAUUUGCUGACCUGACCAUUGGCACCCUAUCAAUGAACCUGUAUACCACCUACAUCAUCAUGGACCAGUGGGCUCUGGGGCCAGUGGUUUGUGAUCUGUGGCUUGCAAUUGAUUACGUGGCCAGUAAUGCCUCGGUCAUGAAUCUGCUCGUCAUCAGCUUUGACAGGUAUUUCUCUGUGACCAGACCCUUGACCUAUCGGGCCAAGCGUACAACAAAGCGGGCCAUGACCAUGAUUGGAUUAGCCUGGUCCAUCUCUUUCAUUCUAUGGGCCCCAGCCAUCCUGUUCUGGCAGUACAUUGUGGGUGAGCGGACGGUCCAACCUAAUGAGUGCUACAUCCAGUUCUUGUCUGAGCCCAUCAUUACGUUCUGCACUGCUAUUGCUGCAUUCUACUUGCCAGUGACUAUUAUGGCAAUCCUGUUUUGGAAGAUGUAUCAGGAGACAGAGAAGAGAGUUAAAGAUAUACAAGGUCUCAAGGGAUCUGGGGCAAGCCACAGCCCAAGCCAGGCUCAGAAUCAGGGGAGUGGCAGUGGAGAAGGUUCAACUAACAGCCAGAAGAACUCAUCAGCCAUGCUGCGCCAGAUGAGCUCCCAAAGCUCUAGCAGCUACGAAUUAAAUCAACUGGCCUCGGAGAAGAACAACAACGACAAUGCCAACAUAACAGGACGCAAAGGGAGGUGUGGCACAUUCUGCUUGCGGUUUGCAUCACUGUUGCCAGGUCGCCAUGCAUCCAUGAGAUCCGUCAACACCAAGACAACUGCGGUGGAUGAGGCAGAGCAGAGCAGCUGUGAUAGUUUUAACAACAAUGAAGUUGGUGCCCCUGGGGAGAAGUCAGGCUCAGAGGAGGAAGCUGAUGGUGUAGAUCCAUCAAGACCUACAACAGAUGGCAAACAUUCUGGGAAGAUGAAGAAGAACAAGCACAAACAGACCUCGUCUUCUAUCAAGAGUCAGAAAAAGUCACAAUCAAACCGAGAAGGCGAUGUCACCUCAUCGCCUUCUGACCAGUCGCCUGCAGCCAUCACCAUGAAAGAUGCCGCCAUGGCCAAACGCUUUGCCUCUAAGGCCAAAACAGAGAUCAAUAAGCGCAAGAAUGAAAAAAAGGCAAACGACAAAAAAGCAGCACGGACACUCAGUGCUAUUUUGUUUGCCUUCAUAACGACAUGGUUACCAUAUAACAUCAUGGUGUUGGUCAAUACUUUCUGUCAGGACUGUAUCCCUGAGACUCUGUGGGCAUUGGGCUACUGGUUGUGUUAUGUAAACAGCACAGUCAACCCCAUGUGCUAUGCCCUCUGUAACAAGACCUUCCGCACAACGUUCAGGGAUAUUUUGAUGUGCCAGUGGAGUCAAAAGAAGAACAAGUCUCAAUUUCAUCAAAAGAAGGCUGUGGCUUUCCGGAAGAAAGACCCAAUGUAGAAUAUGGGGGCAAAUGAUUAGAUGGAUCUGUAUUUAAAGUUGCAUUGAUACAUUUUGAGAAUUGCAAUGCAGCAUAUAUGCCUCAUCUUUCAGGGAAAAGAUGCUGAACAGAAUUUUGCUCACCCAAACUUGUUCUGGCCUUACAGGAAGUUUUGUCAAGUUAGCAGAGGGGCUUAAUGCUUGUUUGUUAGUCUGUCUAAGAAACCUAUAACUUGACAGCUGGCAAAAUUUUAAAUGGAGAUUCAUGGUCCUCAGAUGAUAUGUCCAAAUCAUUUUGGUGAACCCUUGAUCUUUUGUUUAGCACAGGAUAGGUUCAGAAAUAUUACGCUGACCACAAAUAAUUUCACAUUUCAAAAACUAAUCACUAGAUUUCCUUGUUGUGAAUAUUCAUGGUCCUCAGAGGAUGUACUACAAUGUGUUAUGUGGUCCCUACCUUAUUUUUACUGCCACAAUCGGGCCAACAUUUACAUUCUGUAAAACAACUGUCAAAUGAAUCAAAAUAUAAUCAAAGAGUUCACAUGAAAUUUACUAAGUAUUUUCAUCAUCCCAGAGGAUAAAUCCUUUCCAUUUUUGGCACUCCCAUGGGCCCAAUUGUCAAAUGACUCAUCCCCUCCUCAGGAUGGACUUGGGCCUGAUGAGCCUUAACAAAGAAAAAAAGUGUGCUCUUUGUUUUUAUAGGGCUUAAUGAGUUUAGGCUUUUCAUACAAAUACAGACAGAUAUGUAUUUAAAUAGUUAAAAAUUAAAGCAGCCCAGCUUUUUACCUUUAAUACUCAGUUUACAAAUGUGAGUUUGGUUGAUAUUGUGGUUUGUCUUUAUGGAUUUUAAGUUGACUAUUCAGAUUCAGCAUUCAGUGAAAAUGAAUAAAUACAUAGCUCAUUAUAAAUAGUAAAUAAAUAAUAAUAAUAAAUUACCUCAAAUACCACAGUACACUGUGCCAAGAGUUCAUCUUUUCAAGUUAACUUGAAAUAGGUAUAACUUCAUUUUAAAAAGAAACAUAGAAUCAUGUUUCCAAUGGAUUUGAUUGGCGGUUUAUUGUCUCUUGAAAUAUUGCUUUGACAACAAGAAUGUCAGGUUGUUGCCUGUUUAUUAGUAACACCUAACUAACUGUUGAAACUGGUUUGAAAAGGUGUUGAUUGGGCUUCAUGGUCGUGUUGCGGGCUACAGUUUGUUCGUAGUCUACAGUCUGUGAAUGUGUUAUUCACCCAACCCUUACUGAUGUUAAUGAGGUGAAGUGCAUUAUUUUCGGUUUUCUAGACUGAACUUGUUUUAGCUAGGCCUACCAAAUAAACUGACAACCACUCUGUGUCUAUAACAUAACAAUUAUCUAAAUACACAUUUUUCCAGUAUUAUUGGUAUACUUUAGUGAAGAGUUUAUUAAAUCAGCCUUGCCGUACCCUGCUGUGACGUCCAAUGUUUGGUCACUUGAUGAAAAUUUUGUUCAGCGGCCAUGGUGUGGACAUACCUCCGUCAAGGCCCAACAGUCUCCUGAAGCUGAACCAAAUUACAUACAGGCACGCACACACACACACACACACACACACACACACACACACACACACACACACACACACACACACACACACACACACACACACACACACACACACUUUUAGGCUGUUCAACUUUAGGAGUCUUGCCAAGUCAAGAUGCAUGUCAAUCACAGUACUAGGAUCUUCAAACUUUAAAACUUCAGAAAAAGCAAGUCAAAUUGCCCCCCCAAAAAAUUAAAAUGUCGGCAAUAUUGUCCUACUAUGAGUAAGUUCUUCAUUGAAGUGUGUUGCACUGUGGGAAAAGUAGCCACAAACAGCACAUUCAGAAAUGUACAUAAACAAGAUUUAUUCAUGGACAAGAAGUGUUCAGGGUGAGUGAUUUGCAAAAUAAGUAAAAACUGUCUGCUUCCCAUUUGUUUCCACAGGCCCAUGAACAGUGUUCUCCCUCUGUGUGUUAAGCAACGAUUGGUUUCUGACAAAAACAAACAAACACGCCGACCUGAAUGUUUGGUAUGUCUCCAUCCGUCCCACUUGUUUUACAGAAGUUAUUCAUACAUUCACAGAUCGAUCCAGUUUUCCAUGUUCCCAAACAAGAGAAACCACAAAUGAAACUUCAGCUUCAUGGCUGUCUUGAAGUUUCUAUACAAAAUGUGCAGUUACUUUUGAUCCACCACUGCUGUUUUCACAAAUGAUAAUGAUAUAAGCACAUUUCUGAGUGUUACAUAGUGAAUAUUAUGCACUUGAGUGUUCAUCUAUGUGUGCAGCUCAACUCUGUCCAAAACCUUAGGUUUUGCAUAAAUGUUUAUGUUCACACGUUUUUACAAGAUGAAGAGCAAUAAAAUCAAAUGGAUAACCUUGAA